AUGUCCUACAGCGCAUCACAGUUUGAGGACCUAAUUGAUGCGAUACAUCGCAAAAAUGGCAAGAAACCCCCGAAAGAUCAGGCGGAACUGCUAGAAAAGGACGAAUCAUGGAUACAUCAACUGAGAAAAAAACCACACGGAGCAGCCAAUGUACCCAACCACGUGCUCCAGACAGUCACAGCAGCACAUGAAGCGCGUGUCAAGCAGACGGCCAGCCGCGCAUCACAAUCUGUCAAAAACGCGGAGCAGGAGCUGCCGAAGCCUUCAUCGUCCCGCGAUCAUGAUUCCGUUCCAGAGACUGUCAUCGCAGAGACAACGAGGCGGACUAAGGUUGACAAGAGGCAACGGCCAGUCAAAAGGUUCAAGCCGAUUAACUUGGGAAGUGAUAGCCCAACAAAGCCCAAGGCAGAUGAAAUGGCUACGAGAGACAGCCGCAUGCAGUCGUUGAAACACCUAGAGGUUGCAGAGACACAGGAGACAGUUGUGUCUAGCUCUAUCGUGGCUGCCACGCUUACACAAACGCAAACCCAGAACGCCACAAGCACAGCUCAAGAGCCCGCAGAAGAUGCGCCAGAAGAGAUGGCCGAUAUUGAGAACUCAGCGUCAGUAGCCGAAGAGGCCCAAUCGUCGUCAGAAGAGCUGUUGAGUGCAAAGUCACACUCCUCGGGUGGCGAGGAGCACCAGCAGGGCCAGCAGGGCGGAGGGAGCAUGGAAGACUCUGAAGAUCAGGCAGAGACGCCUUUCGGGGAAUUCUGCGCCGCCUAUCCAGACUAUUGCGAGUCGUAUAAUGGAUCACGUCUCAAUUUUGUCAGUACCUGUGUCUAUCUUGAGUUUCUACGAGACACGCGCGCCUUGCGAGACUAUUUAUACGACGACUUUAUUCGCUUCUUUUCAUGCAAUUUUUUGGACUACGUUAAUAACGCCGGACCAGGCCAGGAGCCAAUCUCCGCCAUUGAGCGGUACAACAUGCAGAGUGGGCAACCAUUGUAUAAUCGGCAUAUCAUCAACAACACAAAUCUCGGCCGCGUGUUGACAUUUUACAAGCGGGAGGCUUCGGAAACUCGCAAUCUCCAGGCGCAAUAUGAGCAAGACCAAGCACCAGAAGCUGCAGUGACGCCAAAAGCGACAGGGCCAGAGCCAGUAUCGCCAGCGCCACUGGCAGAAGCAGUGCAGGAUCCGAUGGAGGUCGAUGAGCCCCGCGCAGAAGCUAGCAGCCAAAGCGGUGCGGUACAUCAUCAAGUGCCAGCACAGGACAAAGUUUUGGAUGAACGGCCAAUCUCUCCGCCUGGUUCUCCCAGUAACACUGCUGUUGAUAGAAGGGCCAAUUCGGCUUCCAAGCAAGUCAUUUCCGUGGCAGAGUCCACUCGCAGUCCACAAGCGUCAUCGCCGCAACUAGGCCGGAGGACAGUUUCGGCCGCUCCGCCGUCGUCCAUGAGGUCGAAUGCGCCCGUUGCCUCGCAAUACAUUCAGCGACUAGCGAUGAGGUCAGCGUCUACAGGCGAGGACGCAGCACGGCAACACAGAGAAAAGGUGCGGGCAGCCCUGCGGCGGAAGAGAGCUUCGGCUAGCGCUCGUAGUUCGAGCAGCAAAGCAGGCUCUGUUGCCUAA